AAGUUAUAGUAGUUAAAUAUUUUUUUUUGAACCAUCAUGUUAAUUUUUUUGCAGUAAAAAGGGUUUGACCAUAGAAUCAAGCAUAAUCAACUACCACGCCUUGACAAGACAUUUAAACCAUCCUUCACAUAUUUCAAAUGGAUGUAUCAGAUUUCGAUACUAAUUUCUCUUCUACUAAUGGCAGUAAUAUUAAAUUUCUAAGCCAGCGUCUAAAUCAAUAUGGAGAUCAAGGGCUACAUUUCAAUUUGGUUAGAAUAGACUGGAUUUUAGAUGAAGGUCCAUAUAAUUACCCAGGAGAGGUUACUGCUGAAGAUUUAACCAAGAUCUUCCAAGAUGUGAUUGAUUUAAUUACUAAUCUGAUGAAUGUUAUCAAGUUGGAUGAAGAUAAUCAAAAUACACUCAUUAAUUUUUUCAACAAUGGUCGUUUAGAUAAGUUAAUGUCAAUUUUAGUGAUUGACUCAUUAUUUAAGAAUGUUCAUAUUGAUCAAACUACCACUGAACAAAUCAUUGGUUUAAAUAUAUUGCUACUGACUGCAAAGUAUUUUAUUGAAUUCAUUUAUGAAUUUGCAUCAACUUCUCAUUAUAAUUUAACGAUCGGUUGCAGCCAUACCAUAUCAGUGUUACAAUAUGUUUCUGACAUUCAAAGCAAUAUAGAAGAAGAAUAUUUUAAAGAAGCUAGUUGCUUAUUUAAUGAAUUAGAGGAAUCCUCCUUUGAUGGAAAUGUUUUUAGAUCUUUAUCAAUUGAAAUAUUUAAGAAUUGUUACCCAUGCCUGGAAAUAUUCAAUUAUUUGAACUAUAGAAUUCAAUUUUAUCACAAUGAUAACAACGAUAUUAUUUAUGAUUACGUUGAUCAACUAUAUUUCCUAACUAAGAACUUGCAGACUCAGUCCCAAAUUAGUGCAAAUAUUUACCAUGGAUUAGAUAUCUAUAAAGAAAUAUUGAAAUCUUCCAUAUUAACGUUAUCAAAAACUUCACAAAUAUCAGAAAGUGCAUAUGGAACCAAUUUCAAUCAAUUAAUAUUGAUAUUUAAUGAAAUAUAUGAUGAAGAUCUUAUACUUUCACAAAUAAUACCUAAUAAAACCAUUAUUAAAAAUAGUGAUGCUGAAGAUGAUUAUGGAACAAGCAACUACAAAUAUUAUUUAGCUAGUGAAAUUGACAAGAGAAAACCGGAAUGGGUUGAUCUUUAUUACAAGACUACAUACACUGAUAGUAAUGUGAUGAAUACUAAUGAAGAAGAGAUUGAACAUACAGAAGAGGUAGAAGAUGAAAAUAUUGAAAAUUGCCAAUCUAGUAUUCUAGUACCGAAAUUUGGAUUUAGAUACAAAUUAAAAGGCUAUCUAGGACUAGAUAUAUCCACACGAGGUAAUUGGCAUAGUUUUUUCCGAAAAUUUAAACUUACUAGGUGAUAAUAAUUAAAAUUAAUUUGUUAUAUGUACAUUCGUAGAUAUUAUAUACA